AGUGACUUAAAACAAGCAAUCUGGCUUACACCUCAAGUGAAUGGACAGACAAUCAGAAUGGAAUUGGAUACAGGCUCCGCUGUAUCAGUGAUGUCACAGCACGAGUUUGAAAAACAUUUCAAAACGACUAAAUUAAAGCCAUUGCCUGUUAAACUGAAAACAUAUACUGGUGAGCCCAUAAUCCCUCUUGGGGUGAUGCCUGUGAUUGUAAUGUACAAUGAUCAACAGAGUGAAUUAGAUCUAUACAUAGUACGAACAGAGGGACCAGCACUUUGGGGACGUGACUGGUUGAGAAAGUUGCAGCUGGACUGGAAAUCCAUAAAACGUCUGCAAGUCACAGUUCCUUCAUCGAAGUGCACCCAAAUGAAGCUGGAAAAAGUGCUGGAUGGGGCUGUAGCUGUGUUUCAGUCGGGAAUAGGAACGCUGAAGCAUAUAAAAGGAAAGAUAACCCUGAAUGAGAAUGCAGUACCCAAGUUUCACAAGGCGCGGCCUGUUCCCUAUGCUAUUCGCCAGAAAGUGGAAAAUGAGCUGGAUCGGUUGGAAGCUGAAGGAAUACUUUCAAAGGUUGACUGGAGUCCCUGGGCAACUCCAGUUGUUCCUGUUGCCAAGAAAGAUGGAACUGUUAGACUUUGCCGGGAUUUUAAAGUCUCUGUCAACCCUGAAUUGCAGGCAGAACAAUAUCCACUACCAAGAAUAGAGGAUAUUUUUGCUACACUUGCAGGUGGACAGCUCUUUAGUAAAAUAGACUUGGCGGAAGCAUAUUUACAGAUGGAAAUGGAGGAGGACUCAAAAGUGUUCUUGACUAUCAAUACUUUCAAGGGCUUGUAUCGCUAUAACAGGCUUGUUUUCGGCGUCGCCUCAGCACCGGCCUUAUGGCAAAGGGCUAUGGAUCAGGUACUUCAGGGUUGCCCUGGUACCCAAUGUUACCUCGAUGACAUCAUCAUCACAGGUGACAGUGACAGUGGUCACUUGGAGAACUUAGCACGGGUUUUAAGGAGAUUGGAAGAGUAUGGACUGCGCGCAAGACGUGACAAGUGUGAGUUUUUCAAAGACACCAUUACGUAUUGUGGACAUAAAAUUUAUGUGAAUGGUCUGCACAAGUGUCACGACAAGCUAAGAGCUGUUGCAGAGGCUCCACAACCGGAAGAUGUCUCGCAAUUGAGGUCCUUCCUUGGAUUUGUCAAUUACUACAACAGGUUUUUGCCAAAUCUGGCUACUGUUCUCCAUCCUCUAAAUGCCCUGUUACAAGCAGGAAAGAAAUGGACUUGGAAAAAGCAAUGCAGGCAAGCUUUUCAGGAAGCAAAGAAACUAGUGAUGUCAGACACAGUUCUGACUCACUAUGACCCGCACAAGCCACUAAAGCUGGCAUGCGAUGCCUCACCAUACGGCAUAGGGGCGGUGUUGUCACACGUGAUGGGUGAUGGAACGGAGCGCCCCAUAGCUUUCGCAUCACGCUCCCUCAGUGCUACAGAGAAGAACUAUGCACAGAUUGAUAGGGAAGCUUUGAGCCUGGUAUGA